GCUACACAGAAGAUGAACAUCCUGCUGGUCACAGUGGUUCUCGGUGCUUUCGCUCUCACUCAAGUUUCCGCAUUGCGUUGCGAGACAGGCUGGGAGGGAUUUUGUGGCCACUGUUACUUGUUCAGCUCUGACAAACAGUCCUGGUAUAAUGCCGCAUUUACCUGUGCGGAGAAGGGAGGGACCUUGGUUGCUAUCAACACUAUAUCUGAAUUGAAUUGGGUCAAGAAUCAUACAAGGACACUAUGCCGCGGAGACUUCUGGAUGGGCGGAAAUGACAUCAGAAAUGAACGUCGCUGGGUAUGGAAUCCUUAUAACACGCUGGUUAACAGAGAUUGCACUGAUUGGCACCCAGGCCAGCCUGAUAACUACCACGGCAAUCAGGAUUGCAUGCUGCUCUGGGCUUCUAAGGAAUUCCAAUGGGAUGAUCAGAGUUGUACCAAUGAAAAGAACUAUAUUUGUGAAAAAUUCCUGGGAUCAGGACACGUAUGCAGCUGCAGAGUUUAAAUCUUACCAGCCGGAUAGUAUACACUUCUCAUUGGAUUGCAAUAUCAACAUGUAGAUCUUAGUUAAGUUUAUCAUUAAAAGGAAAUAAAUGCUGUC